AAUUAUGUUGUACCUGAACUGCAGAUACGCUGGUUCAAAAACUAAUAAUGUAAACAAAAACAUUCUGGUUGUGUUCUCCUUCCUUAUUUAUACGAACAAAAAUAUAGAACAGUAAUCCCAAAGAUUUUGAUUUGCGAGAAUGAUCCUUCCUGCGUGUACAGCUACGCCAACUAAGCUUCCUCCAAAACCACCUUCACCGAUUACACUUCCAAACCAAACUCACUCCACUUUUUCUUCUUCUAACUCCAACACCAACACCAACACCAACCAAAGCCUCUCCCUAAGACACGCCACAAAGUACACAGAUCCCAUUGUAACAUGGACAUCCUCCAUAGCUCAUCACUGCAAAAGUGGUCAUUUGGUCAAAGCUGCCUCCGAAUUCGUGCGAAUGAGAGAAGCUGACAUUGAACCCAAUUACAUUACUUUCAUCACACUUCUCUCUGCCUGUGCCCAUUACCCCUCAGAAAGAAGUAUCUCCUUUGGAACUACCAUUCACGCAUACACAUGCAAAUUGGGGUUGCACGUAAACGAUGUCAUGGUGGGCACUGCGCUCAUUGACAUGUACGCCAAAUGCGGUCGCGUGGAUUCCGCUAGGUUGGUAUUCGAUCAUAUGGGUAUCAGAAAUUUGGUUUCUUGGAAUACCAUGGUUGAUGGGUACAUGAGGAAUGGAAGAAUUGAAGAUGCACUCCAAGUGUUUGAUGGUUUGCCUGUGAAGAAUGUUAUUUCUUGGACUGCGCUGAUUGGUGGGUUUGUGAAGAAAGAUUAUCAUGAGGAAGCUCUAGAGUGCUUUCGAGAAAUGCAGCUGGCUGGUGUGGAACCUGAUUAUGUAACUGUUAUUGCUGUCAUUGCGGCGUGUGCCAACUUGGGCACACUCGGUCUUGGCUUGUGGGUACAUCGAUUUGUGAUGACUCGGGGUUUCAGGAACAAUGUUAGAGUUUCCAACUCGUUGAUAGAUAUGUAUUCUCGAUGUGGAUGCAUAGAACUUGCUCGACAAGUGUUUGAUAGAAUGCGCCAUCGAACCUUGGUGUCGUGGAACUCGAUCAUCGUGGGUUUUGCUGUUAAUGGGCUUGCGGAUGAGGCUUUGAGUUACUUCAAUUCAAUGCAGAAGGAAGGGUUUGAGCCAGAUGGAGUCAGUUACACAGGUGCCCUCACGGCAUGCAGUCAUGCUGGACUGAUUGAUGAGGGACUCAGAAUCUUUGAAAACAUGAGGAGAGUUCGUAGAAUUCUGCCUAGAAUCGAGCACUAUGGUUGCCUAGUGGAUCUCUACAGUAGAGCAGGGAGGUUAGAGGAGGCUCUGAAUGUAUUGAAGAAUAUGCCCAUGAAACCAAAUGAAGUUGUUUUGGGGUCAUUGCUCGCUGCUUGUAGAACUCGAGGAGACAUUGGAUUGGCUGAAAACGUGAUGAAUUUUCUCAUUGAUUUGGACCCAGGGGGAGAAUCCAAUUAUGUGCUUCUUUCUAACAUAUACGCAGCGGUUGGAAAGUGGGAUGUUGCAAACAAGGUUAGAAGGAGAAUGAAGGAGCGUGGCAUACAAAAGAAACCAGGCUUUAGUUCCAUUGAGAUUGACUCCAGCAUUUACAAAUUUGUAGCUGGUGAUAAAUCUCACGAGGAGAACGACCACAUUUAUGCAGCAUUGGAGCUUCUCUCCUUUGAGCUGCAAUUAUGUGGCUAUGCUCCCGAUUUAUCAGGGAAAGAAUCUUAUGAGGGUGAUUAAAUUUUGUAAUUGAAUUCCACAAUCACACAGUUAGGUAACGAACCUGUUAAU